GGAGGAUAUAAUUUACAGGAGGCACUUGGCUGGCCUGCCUCCGAAUAUGAAGAAACUCAUGCUUUUGUUUCACAACUAGCCCAUGAAUAUCUAAAAGUCAACAAGUCCUGGAAGCUCCAAGCACAGCCCAGAUUAGCCAUUGUGUAUGCAGAG